CCGACGCAUUGGUGUUAGCUCAUGUCUCUCAGGCUAUCGGCGACAAUGAUCUCCCGCAUGAUGCUCAACCUUCGUGACCCUCGCUUGACUGAUAAUGCAAGGUCGAAGGACGAUAGCCUGCCGGUAGUUGUCACAUCUUUUUUUCCUAUGGAGGCCCCUUUGUCGAUGAUUGUGUCAUCUCCGCCAUCUACUAGGAUGACUGCAGAUGAUCAUAUCCUAGAAGAGCUUGACACUGGUGGUGGUAUUUCAGAAAUCCCUCGUCAACGUCAAUAUUAGAACUUGCGAUUGUAUUGCACGUCGUUUCACGUUCUCAAAAGCUAUAAUCCCAGCAACGUGUAUACAAACUUAGAAACACCCACCAAUCUGUAUGCAAUUCGAAUCGAAGUCUUUCCCUGCUGCGCCUAUCAGGUUACGAUGGAAGCUUGUCUGUACAUGAUUUCGGGCGUUGACACAGGGUUAGAAGUUAGAAUAAACUUAUACUCAAGUUUGAUCGGCCCCAUGUCAACUCGAUCGUAGAACCUUGCAAAUACAGCGAGCUGCAAUCUGAAAA